UUUUGCAUUUCCGUGUGAGACCCUCUCUAUAAACAGAGCAAUGAGAUGGAAUUGGCUUCACACAGAAGAUUGUGAUAAAGCAGUAAUAACUCGAUGACUCUUCCUUGUCCUCUCUGCUUCUUCCUCUGCCUUGGAACCAUUCAAGCCGGCCUAACCCCAUAAUUCACUUUUUUCUAGAUUGUGAAGAUCCCCGAGAGCCUAUAUUUUCUGGGGUUAAUUCAGUUUCUAAAUCCUAUAUUCAAUUCCGGGGUUGAUUUGAGUUCUGAAAUUGAGGAACUUUUCUGCCACCGACAGCGCUCAAACCCUCCAAUUUGCGGUUCUUUGAUAGGUGGGUCGAUCUGGGUUUAGCACAAUUGAUCCAUUUUGGAGGUUUGAUUGGUGGGCUCGCGGCAGAAACUGGUUUUCAUUUGUGGGUUUUGUUUGAAAUGGUCUAUUUCCAUAGUUCAAUUUCGGUCUGCAACUCCGUUGACCAAUCGGGAAUCAUGGCAAGUUCUUUGAAUUCUGGCGAGGCUUGUUCUAAAUCGAGGCAGAAUAAUCAUGCAUGCAGGAAUAGGAAGACGCCCAAUUCUCCUAAUUCUGCGAAAAUUCCGGAUUGCAGUCGAUCUCGAUCGGCUAUGAUAGAUUUGGUGAUGUUGAUUGCGGUGGUUGGUGCUUGUGGGUUUUUGUUAUUCCCCUAUGUGAAGGUUGUAGCUAAUGAAUUUGUUAAGCUUGUUGGAGCAAUCAUAUAUCUGACGAAGGAGGAAGUCUCUCGUGCUCCAAUGGUUUAUGGGUCCCUUGGAGUUAGCGUUUUGUUUGCAGCGAUUGCUGUGUGGGGAAUUUUAAUAUGCACUAGUAGGAAAUGUGGAAAACCCAAUUGCAGGGGGCUUAGGAAGGCGGCUGAAUUCGAUAUUCAGUUGGAGACAGAGGAGUGUGUGAAGAAUUCAAGUUCUUUGGUGAAAGAUGGUCUGAAGAAGGGCUUGUUCGAAUUGCCUCGCGAUCAUCAUAGAGAGUUGGAGGCUGAGCUCAAGAAAAUGGCACCCCCUAAUGGAAGAGCUGUUCUAGUGUUUCGAGCAAGGUGUGGAUGUUCAGUUGGCAGAAUGGAAGUCCCGGGUCCGAAGAAGCUUCGAAAGUUUAAGAAGUAGGGUUGAUAUGAUUGUUAAUUGAUAGGAAGGGAUAUUCACAGGUCUUAAUAUAAUGGGGAGGAGUGCCUUCUAUGGCCGAUCUUCUCAGGAACUAUAGUCUUUAAAAUAAGCUCAUGGCAAUAAGAUGUAAGGAUUAUACACCAUUGGUUAUACAGGGAAUAUAAGAAUCCUUUCUUUCAUCAA